UCACGCGUCCAUUUCCGCCAGUUCUGUGUCGUGAGUGUUGGGUUGUGUGUCUAGUUGGAGUGUGUAACAUGAAGUAGUGAUGGCGGGUUCAAUAGAAAUACCACUUCGCGAUACAGAUGAGGUAAUAGAACUGUAUCUAGAUCAAUUACCAGAUGGAGAUGAAGUCCUGGGGAUACUACGGCAAGAACAUGCCCAGCUCUACAUCUGGGUCAAUCUGGCCCUCGAGUAUUACAAGCAGCAAAAGAUCGGCGAUUUUAUCAAGAUACUCGAAUCUUCUCGUCUCGACGCGAAUAUCGAUUAUCGCGACUAUGAGAAGGACCAGAUGCGAGCGCUCGACAUGUUGGCUGCCUAUUAUGUCCAGGAAGCCAACAGGGAAAAAAAUAAGGACAAGAAGAGAGAUCUCUUUACGAAAGCCACGUUAUUGUAUACAACAGCUGACAAGAUCAUCAUGUAUGACCAAAAUCACUUGCUCGGCCGAGCUUAUUUCUGCCUACUCGAGGGCGACAAAAUGGAGCAGGCAGACGCGCAGUUUAAUUUUGUGCUGAAUCAAUCGCCAAAUAAUAUACCGUCUCUGCUUGGCAAGGCUUGCAUCGCCUUCAACAAGAAAGACUACAGAGGUGCCCUCGCCUUUUACAAAAAAGCUCUCAGGACCAAUCCAAACUGCCCUGCCGCCGUUCGACUGGGAAUGGGACACUGUUUCAUGAAAUUGAACAACCAGGAGAAGGCGCGGCUAGCGUUCGAGCGGGCUUUGCAGAUAGAUGGACAGUGCGUCGGUGCGCUGGUCGGGCUCUCAGUGUUGAAACUGAAUCAACAGCAGCCCGACAGCAUAAGGACCGGCGUGCAGAUGCUGUCGAAAGCGUACACGAUCGACUCGACCAAUCCGAUGGUGCUGAACCAUCUGGCGAAUCACUUCUUCUUCAAGAAGGAUUACAAUAAAGUGCAGCAUCUGGCGCUGCACGCGUUUCACAACACGGAAAACGAAGCCAUGCGAGCGGAGAGUUGUUACCAACUGGCUAGAGCGUUUCACGUUCAAGGCGACUACGAUCAGGCCUUUCAAUAUUACUAUCAGGCGACGCAGUUCGCUCCACCUGUGUUUGUGUUACCGCAUUUUGGCCUGGGACAGAUGUACGUUUACCGCGGUGAUGCCGAAAAUGCCGCCCAAUGUUUCGAGAAGGUUUUGAAAGCACAACCAGGAAAUUACGAGACCAUGAAGAUCCUCGGAUCGCUCUACGCCAAUUCGAGCUCGCAGUCGAAGCGCGAUAUCGCGAAGAAUCAUUUGCGCAAGGUGACGGAGCAGUUCCCCGACGACGUCGAGGCGUGGAUCGAGCUGGCUCAAAUAUUGGAACAGAGCGAUCUGACUGCAGCUCUAAAUGCUUACGGCACCGCAACCAGAAUCCUGAAAGAAAAAGUCCAGGCGGAUAUCCCACCGGAGAUUCUGAACAACGUAGGAGCGUUACACUACAGACUUGGCAAUCUGGAAGAGGCUAGGAGGAACUUGGAGGAAUCUUUGGCGCGCUCGAAAGCGGAUGCUUUGCAUGAUUCAGGGUACUACAACUCAAUAGCGGUGACAACUACGUACAACCUGGCGCGGCUCAACGAAGCGCUGUGCAUAUUCGACCGCGCGGAGAAGCUCUACAAAGAUAUCCUGAAGGAGCACCCGAAUUACGUGGACUGUUACCUGAGACUUGGCUGCAUGGCCAGAGACAAGGGCCAGAUAUACGAGGCGUCCGAUUGGUUCAAGGAUGCCUUACGAAUCAACAACGAACAUCCGGAUGCGUGGUCGCUGCUGGGCAACCUGCACUUGGCCAAGAUGGAGUGGGGCCCUGGGCAGAAGAAAUUCGAGAGGAUCCUGAAGAAUCCGACAACGAGCACGGACGCCUACUCUCUCAUCGCUUUGGGCAACAUUUGGCUGCAGACGUUGCAUCAGAGUGGCAAGGACAAGGAACGAGAGAAGCGGCAUCAGGAUCGAGCGUUAGCCAUGUACAAGCAGGUGCUGAGAAACGAUCCGAAGAAUAUCUGGGCUGCAAACGGCAUCGGAGCGGUUCUUGCGCACAAGGGUUGUGUGAACGAGGCCAGAGACAUAUUCGCCCAGGUGCGCGAGGCAACAGCGGAAUUCUGUGACGUCUGGUUGAAUAUCGCGCACAUUUACGUGGAGCAGAAGCAGUUCGUCAGCGCUAUACAAAUGUACGAAAAUUGCUUGCGCAAGUUCUAUAAAUAUCAUCAUGUUGAAGUGCUGCAGUAUCUUGCGAGAGCCUACUUCAAGGCUGGUAAGCUAAAGGAGGCAAAACUAACGCUGUUGAAGGCACGCCGAGUUGCUCCGCAAGACACCGUUUUGUUAUACAACAUUGCCCUCGUGCUGCAACGACUAGCCACGCAAAUCCUUAAAGACGAAAAAUCCACUCUUACGACGGUACUGCAAGCUGUCCACGAAUUGGGCCUUUCACACAAGUAUUUCCAGUAUUUGUCGGCGCACGGUGACAGGAUGGAGCAAUUAGCUGACGCGGAAUCUAGGAGGUGUCAAGACUUAUUGUCGCAAGCGCAGUAUCACGUCGCCAGAGCCAGAAGAUUGGACGAGGAAGAGAAGAUGUUGAGACGGAAGCAGGAAGAAGAACGGCAAGCUUUCAAAAUGCGCCAGACGGAGGAACAACGCAAGCUGGAAGAGAUGCGCCGUCAAAAAGAAGAAGAGAUGCUGCAAAAACGACAAGAAUACGUGGAGAAAACUAAGAACGCGUUGGUGUUUGGAGAAAUGCCAUCAGAAAAAUCUGGCAAAAAGGGCAAGAGGGUACGAACUGAACAGUACAUCAGUGACAGCGGAGGAUCCGGCGGAGACGAAGGCAGAGAGGAAGCGCCGAGGGAAAGGAAGCGUAAGAGGAAGGGGAGCGGUGAAACUAAAGAGAGGAAGAGCAGGGGCAAACCCAAACGCAAGAAGGACGUUGGAAGUGGCGACAGUGAAUCAGAGAGUGAUCGACCAAAACGUAAACGAGGAAAGAAGAAUACCGGAAAGAAAGAGAAAUCCCGCAGAGGAGCGAUGGAGACCUUCAAAGGAAAGAUUAAAUCGAAGGAAACUAUUUCCACCAGUGAAUCGGAUAGUGAUGCAGGUGGCCUUAAAAUCGCUAGCGGUGGCGAGAGUGGCAACGAGAAUCAACCGCGCAGCAGCAGGCGAAUUGCCUCCGAAUCAGAAGGCUCUCGUGCCUCGCGUUCAAGAUCUCGUUCAAGAUCGAAAUCCGGAAGCCGUUCGAGGAGCAGUUCUCGUUCACAUUCCGGUUCCCGCUCACGGUCACGCUCUCGGUCACGUUCUCGGUCACGUUCUCGGUCACGAUCAGCUUCGAGAUCCUGGUCUAGAAGCGUCUCUAGAUCGAGAAGCCGUUCAGCAUCCGGAUCAAGGUCAGGCUCGGCCAAAAGUGGAUCUAGAUCCAGAUCCAGAUCAAAAUCAAGAUCCAGAUCCAGAUCCAGAUCAAAAUCCAGAUCCAGAUCCAGAUCAAAAUCCAGAUCCAGAUCCAGAUCUAAAUCCAGAUCAAGAUCUAAGUCCAGAUCCAUAUCCAGAUCGAGAUCGAGAUCGGGUUCGCGCAAGAGCGGCUCACGAUCGCGGUCUAACAGCGGCUCCCGGAGAAGCGGAUCGAAAGCAAGAUCACGGUCAAGUUCAAGAAAGAGCGGUUCUAGGUCAAGAUCGCCAAGUGGUUCAAGGAAAGCUUCUCCGUUCCCCUCGAGGUCAAGAUCGAAAAGUGGCUCGCGCUCAGCUUCGGAAGAACGCCGAUCGAGAAGCAAGAGCCGCUCGCGGUCUAAAUCGAGAUCUGUAUCAAAGUCUAGGUCUAGAUCAGGGAGCGGCAGCAGAUCGCGAUCGCGCUCAGUUGAAUGAUAAGUUAGAUAAUACAAAUGAAAUAAAUUUCAUGCGAGUCAUUGAAGCAUGCAUACGUUUCGUGCAAUUUUGCAAAGGAUAUUUCUGGAAAGAUAGCUAUUUCUCUCUUAACUUAUGUAUUUUAUGUCUG